UGAGGGAAAAAUCCCGUUGCGAAAUCAAGCACGUAUGUUGUCAUUUUCGCAACGACCCGUUGUUAUAUUUUUCAACAACGGCUGUUGGUGAAUUGUGCACGAACGUGCUCAAAUUGACACCGAGACGUGGUCAACUUUCGGUACCAACAACAGCCGUGCUUAAUUUGUCCAUUUGUAAUAUUGGUAAUUGCAGCCGAUUACACACGAGUAAAAAAUGACAACGGUGGUGCAUGAUUCACACACGGUCGUUGUCAAUAUGACACCGGUCGUGUAUGAAUUAUGCACCACCACCUGCAUAAUGAUGCACCACCGUUGUUACUUUGUACACCGACGUGCAUGAAUCGUACACGAUCGUUGCCAUUUUAGCAACUACCGUGUAUGAAUCAUGCACCACCGUUGUCAUUUUUUUUACUCGUGUGCAAUCGGCUGCAUAUUUACCAUUUUUUCCGUGUUAUUGAAAGAGAAAGGACGCAUUGUGCAAAAAAUUUAUUGAAAAUGAAUAAUAAUUCGCAAGAUCCUCAAAAUAUCAUUGGUGAGUUGUUAGAAAUCGAUGGCAAUAUUGUUGUGGUUCGCGAUACAAACCAUUGCAGCAGUCAAGAUGCGGAAAACAAUGAGGACGAUUAUAUGUUAAGGGAGUUCUUAAAAGGAAUAAAUAUGGAGUCGCUUUUUGAACAAUUAAAAGCAUCACAUGUAACAUUUCGCAGCUUGCAGUACUUGAAAAAAGAAGAUUUAAAGGAAGCAGUGCCACCAUUGGGACUGCGUGUUGAAUUCAGAGAAAAGCUCUUUGCUUGGAAAAAACGAAAGCUCGGGAUUGAUGACGAAACUAUGUCAGUUCCAUCUAAAAUAGGUGAAUGGUGGAAACGCAACGAGACACCUGCAAGUACUCCUGGUACUCCCGACACUACAGGUUCGAACUGCUCAAAAGCCAAAGGAAUUUUGUCAGAGGAUCUAACGGAAUUGUUAACACAUACCUCGAAGGGGAAACUAGCGCUUGAAUGUAGUAGCGUUAAUAAGAAAUUAAGUGACGAGCAAAGAGAUGAUAUAAUUAAUAUAAUUAUUGAAGAUAUUUUAACCAACAAUGUUACUCUUUACACUCAAGACUAUAUGCGCAUAUUGGAUGAAAUUUGUUCCGUUUUUCCUCUUGAAAACGAAAUGAGGGAUUAUUAUUACAUUUCAAGAAAAGGAAAGAACAACGCAAGCGGAAAACUUUAUGCCAAGUAUAGAAACAAGAAGUCCAAAAGAAUAAAGCUUUUGAUUUCCGAGCCUAGCACAAGCAAAGCAGCAACUCACACAUCUCCUAAUUUUUGUAACAAAGAUGUUCCCGAAAUUGAUGAAUCAGUUGAAAAUUCAUUGAAAGCUUCCUUACUAAGAGAAUGUAAUGAUUGGGGAUCGAUCUGCGAAAAAUGGAAAAGAUCUUUUAACAUACGGCAAAGAGAUAUAAAAAAUUUAAGUAGCCAUACAUUUCUCCUUGAAUGGACGAAGUUGUCCGAUGCAAGAGCUUCAGAAUUGGUCAACAUUGAUUUCGAUAUUAUGUAUCCACAGAAAGGCAAUCUUCUACUUUCUAAAUGGGACCAAUUUAAGAAAAAAAUUUACAAUUAUUAUGGGAAAAAUAUUCAUAACGAACAUUGCAAACAACUCUUCGCAAAUGUUUUGACGGCAAGCAGCAUAGAUGCUCAAGAUUAUAUAUACGCAAUACUGUUGAAUUCAGUUUUACCAUCACCUGCUAGGUUUAAAUGUGGAAACGGUAAAUUACGAAAAAAAGUAACAAUAGCUGAUUCGCAGGAAAGUUUCGUACUGCGACUACCGACAAUUAACGAUUAUAAAAGGCAAAUUGAUACAGUCACUGAAAAGUAUUACAAUGCUGGAUUAACUAUACAGCCAUUUAUAAUUGUGGAGGGUUUGUCCGAUUUCAAUAUAAAAGGUUUUUAUGUUUUUUUUAACCACAAUUUGUUAAAAUUUCAAUCGUUCCUCGAAUGUUUAGAUACAUGUUUUAAAAUUUUUCAUGCACUUUCUUUAAAAUAUCCAAAUGCCUGCCAAAUUCCAUGGAUUUUUAUCCAAAAAUAUUUUUAUGAAAUUAAUACUGUAUAUGAUAUAAAAUCAGUUAAUUUGACUUCACUUAUUAAUUUCUGCAACAAUAAUUAAAGUACAAUUCAAAAUGUAUAUUUGCUUUCGUUGCCGUAAGCAUUUUGAUAAGGCAAAUCUUUUAAUAGCUCAUUUGAAAACAGACCAUUUAAUGUCCACUAAAUUUUUAAAAGUACAAUGCGUUCAGGACAACUGUAAGCAAACAUUUACAAAAUUUACGUCAUUCAGAAUUCAUUUAGAAAAACUUCACAAGAAUCACACAAAAGCUCCACCAAUGGUUAAAGCCAUUAAUGUGCCAGUUGAAAUGUCAUCAUCAAAAGAAAAUGAUUAUACAAACAGUGAAACUGUUAUUAACAACAAUACAAUAGAAAAGGAUUUAAAUGUUUUGAAAAAGAAAACCUUAUAUCUGUCUUUACAAUUACAUGGUCAAAGCUAUAUGCCUAGAAAUCAUGUUAUAGAAAUACAACAUUCUGUUUCAAUUCUGCUUUCAUCCAUUUCAUGUACAAUUGAAAAAUAUAUAACUGAUCAUCCAAAUUAUGAAGACUUAAGGUACUUACUAAACUUUUGUAAAAAUCCUUUCGAAGAAACUAG